UAUUACGAAUAAGAGCAUUUGCAAAACACAAAUAACACGCGGUUUGUAGGACGCAUUUAUAGAGAGAAUAUAUAUUUUAAGUGACAAUAAAUAUGGGUCGUACUAAAAAGAAGAAAUCAUCUGGUAAAACUGGCCCGGUUAAAGAAUCAGAACCAACUGAACUAGUGGAAGCACCACAUUCCUUCGUUAUACGACGUGGACUCUCUUGUCCAUACAUUACAGAUUUAACAAUUGAUUUUCGUAAAAUAAUGGAACCAUUCACAGCUACAAAUUUAAGAGAGAAGAAAAUGAACCGUAUUAAGGAUUUUGUUAGUAUGAGCAGUUUCUUCCACGUUUCGCAUAUGGCUAUUUUUAACAAAGCCUCCACCCAAUUAUCAUUUAAAGUUUUACGCAUGCCGCGCGGUCCAACAUUAACAUUUAAGGUACAUCAAUUUACUUUAACUCGUGAUAUACUUUCGACAAACAAACGUCAAUUCGUUGAUGAUGACAUUUUUAAGCAUUCGCCUUUGGUGAUAAUGAAUAACUUCACUGGAGAAGGCAAGCAUUUAAAAUUGAUGGCAACAACUUUUCAAAAUAUGUUUCCAGCAAUUAAUUUAGCACAAGUUAAUAUAGCUACUAUACGCCGAUGUGUACUUUUUUCCUACAAUACUGAAACAAAGCUUGUUGAAAUGCGGCACUAUAACAUACAAGUUGUUCCGGUUGGACUAUCGCGUGGUGUCAAGAAAAUUAUUAUGGGAAAAAUUCCCAAUUUAGCUAAAUGUGAAGAUAUUGCCGAUUUUAUUAUGCAGGAUGGUGCCGGUUCGGAAUCCGAAGCUGAAGAUGAAGAAACGCAAGUUUUACUUCCGCAGACAUUGAAACGUAAAGGAAAUUUAGAGAACAAUAAGUCUUCAAUUCGCUUGCAUGAAAUUGGUCCGCGUCUCACAUUGCAACUUAUGAAAAUUGAAGAGGGAUUGCUAACAGGCGAAGUUCUUUACCACGAUCAUAUUAUAAAGUCAGAGGAAGAAAAGGAAGCGUUACGUAAAAUGGUUGAAAAGAAACAAAAACUAAGGGAACAAAGAAAAAAAAUACAAACAGAAAAUCGUAAAAAUAAUUUAGCGGCAAAGGAAGCUAAACGGAAAAAACGGAAUGCUGGUGGUGACAAUGAACAAAGUGAUCCUGAAGAUGAUACCGAAUAUUACAAAGAGGAAGUAGGUGAAGACCCCGAUGAAGAACUUUUCAAACCAACUGAAAAAUCUUCAAGGAAACGAGUAAAGCCGCCUCAUAGUAUGAAGUUUAAAAACAAACGAUUGAAGAAGGAUAAAAUAAAAAAAUAACUGUCCAAUAUAAUUAAUAUUUAA